CGAGGAGGAAGGUGGGCUGGGGGCUGGAAGCCGGAGGGCCUGGAGGUCGGGGUCUGGGGCUUCCCGGGGUCGUCUGCGUCGCCAAGCCGGGCUGAGCCACGUCCUCGUUCUGCGUGGGCAGUCCUCCAUGUGAUGAGUACCAGGACCUGUGCCAGCCCCAAACCGCCGAGUCUUCUGGAACUUAGAGCCUCCGGUGCAGGUUUCAAGACUGGUCCAGAAUGGCUACCCUGAUCUUUGUUGAUAAGGAAAAUGGAGAACCAGGCACCCGUGUGGCUCCCAAGGACGGGCUGAAGCUGGGGUCGAGGCCUCCAGUCAAAGCUUUAGAUGGAAGAUCUCAGGUUUCAACACCACGGGUAGGCAAAAUGUUUGAUGCUCAAGCAGCCGUACCUAGAGUUGCCAGAAAGGCUUUGGGAACUGUCAACAGAGCCACAGAAAAUUCAGUAAAGACUAGUGGACCUCUCAAACAGAAGCAGCCAACCUUCUCUGCCAAAAAGGUGACCGAGAAGACUGUCAAAGCAAAAAGCUCUGUUCCUGCCUCUGAUGACACCUACCCAGAAAUAGAAAAAUUCUUUCCCUUCAAUCCUUUAGAUUUUGAGAGUUUCGACCUGCCUGAAGAACACCAGAUUGCACACCUCCCCUUGAAUGGAGUGCCUCUCAUGAUCCUUGAUGAGGAGAGAGAGCUUGAAAAGCUGUUACACCUGGGCCCCCCUUCACCUCUGAAGAUACCCUCUCCACCAUGGGAGUCUAAUCUGUUGCAGUCUCCAAGCAUUCUGUCGACCCUGGAUGUUGAAUUACCACCUGUUUGCUAUGACUUAGAUAUUUAA